AAGAGAGAAAAAAAAAAAUUGCAGUCGAAAUUAGAUUGGGAGAAGGAAAAAGAAAUAAAAGGAAAGAAAACCGGAAACAGAGAUAAAGCGCGAAGAAUCGAAGCAGCGAAGAAUCGAAAACCCAAAGUGAGUUGGAGCCUGUAGAUUUCUCUGCAAUUGGUGAAGUUGGUGAAGGUCAGAGCUACAUAAAUCUCUAAACCUUAAUCCCACACUCUUAAGAGUUUUGUUUUCACUCUUGAAUUGCGCUUCUUUUCUCUAAAAUUCCAAUUUCACCUGCAAUUGGUGUUCUGUUCUUUAACUCAAUCUUCCAGCUCCACUGAUCUCUUUUUUCUCAAACUUCAAAUUUUCUAAAUUUGAAGUUUCCACCUUUUAAGUUCCGUCUCAAUAUUUACAAGCCGGGUGGGGGGGGGGGGGGGGGGUAGGAGGGCGGGUUCAAUCGUUCAAGUGCUAUACUUUUUACGGUUCGUGCAGUUACGAGCCAUCAACUUUGUUGAUUCGAACUUAGGGUUUUGAUUUAUUAUGUGUUUGAAUCAAUUUGGCUUGAUUUCGGGGUUUUGGGUAAGCUUAACCACUGAGUUUGAUCUCUAGGGUUUUGGCUUUUUUUCACGAAGAUGAGAUUUAGGUUUGCAUUGUAUGGUUUCUGGGCGGGUGAAUUUUGGGUCGUUUGGAAACAGAAAUGACCCUAUUCUUGUAGGCAAUUGAGGUUUUCAUCACUCUGUGCAUACUGUUUUGAGUCUGCUUGUUUUGAGAUAUACAGAGCUUGAGAAUUUAUCUGCAUUGAAAUGAUAUGCGGGUACGUGAAUUUGUAGUUGUUUGGAAGCCACUAUAACAGUAUUUUGGGGGUGGGUCUUGUGAUUCUGUUGGAUGGUGUAUAAAUCUGUUUGUUGAGAAAUGCAACCUCAACAGAGCUCCAGAAUUGAUUUGGUUGAAUUGAAAACUCAGAUAGUGAAGAAGGUUGGGGCUGAGAGGUUCAAGAAGUAUUUUCACUACUUGAAUAGGUUUUUAAGUCAGAAGCUGAGCAAGAGUGACUUUGAUAGGUCAUGUUUUCGCCUACUUGGAAGGGAGAAUCUUCCCCUGCACAAUCAGCUUAUCCGUUCCAUCUUGAAGAAUGCAUGUCAGGCCAAGAUUCCACCACCAGUUUAUGAAGCAGGUCCCACAAAAUCGGCAAUACAAAUAGGAAAAGGUUCUCCUGGAAGAGAAGAUGGGCAUGACCAAAGUGGAUCCCUUCUUCCAAAUCAAAAUGUUUCCAUUUGGUCGAAUGGGGUUUUGCAGCCAAUGUCCCCACGGAAGAUUAGGUCAGUGAUGCGUGAUCGUAAGCCCAGAGAUAGACCUAGCCCACUUGGGCCAACUGGGAAAGUUGAAUGUGGCUCACAUCAACCAACUGGUGCAGAUGAUGUUGGCAGUAAAAUUGUUUUGGAUAAUGGGGAAUUGACUCCAUUUGAUUAUCAAAGACCAGUAGGGCAUCUUCAAGCAGUUGCUGAGCAACCUGCGAAUGAAAGGGAAGGGUUGGUUCAAUGGUCCUCUGAAAAACCAACUGCACAUAGCAAAGAUCAGACUGCUUUUGUGGAAGAUGGGGAAGAGGUGGAGCAAGCAAACCACUCGAGUUUCUCUAGAAGUCCAUUACUUGCGCCUCUUGGAAUUCCAUUUUGUUCGGCUAGUGUGGGUGGGGCUCGCAAAGCUAUGCCAGCAGCAAGCUGUGGUGAUUUUAUCAACUGUAGUGACGGUGGUGUAUUGUCAAGUACAGAGAUGCUAAGGAAACGCAUGGAGCAUAUCGCAGCUGUGCAGGGUGUUGGAGGGGUUUCAACGGAAUGUGCAAAUAUGCUGAAUAAUAUGUUGGAUGUGUACCUGAAGAAGUUGAUCAAAUCUUCUGUUGAGUUGGUAGGAGCAAGGUCUCCACAUAAGUCAAGAAAGCAAACCAUCCAUAAGCAGCAGGUUCAAGGCAAAUUGAUCAAUGGACUGUGGCCGAGUAAUCACUUACAUUUGCAGAGCAAUAGUGGACCGGUGGAAGUUAUGCAUGAACAGAGGCCUCGGUGUUCAAUAUCUUUGCUUGAUUUCAAAGUUGCAAUGGAGUUAAAUCCACAGCAGCUUGGUGAAGAUUGGCCAUUGCUGCUGGAGAAAAUCUGUAUGCAAGCAUUUGAGGGCUGAAACAUCCCCAUGAAGAUUUUUUUGUGCUAAAGAUGUAAUUGGGUGUGGCUGUUCUGGUUCAAAGGCCUCAAUAACUGUUGUUGGAAGUGUUGAUGAUCGUGUUCUGUUCUGAUUGCCAUGAUGAACCAGUUGGCUCCCCCUUUAUAUGGAACUUGGCCCCUGCAUGAUGAAAUUGUGGGUUUGAGCAUCCAGAUUUCUGUUUUUCCUCCUGCAGACCCUGUAUGAAUCAGGAAAUUAUUUAACAGCAACGAAGCAAGGAUCUGAAGUUGUUCUGUGCAAUGUACAGCCAAUGAAGAGGAAAUCUAAGACAGUUUUGCGGGGAUGCUCUUAUGUAGCUUGGGGAAAGGUAAAAUCACUGGUGUAAGAGCUGUAGUGUUGCUCUUUAUGUAUUUUUAAAUCCAAGAAUUGAUUGGAAUUCCAAUAUUAAUAACACAUUAAUAUCCACUUACUUGUCGUUAUGCUCUUAA